UUCUGCGGCGAGUUCUUUCUACCCGUCUCCAUUGGAGGUGGUGGGUGCGAGUUGGGAAAGGCGAGAGGGAGGGAGAUGCUGCGAGAGAGGUCGUCGCGGAGGCGGAUGGCGAGCUCGAGCACCGCCGCGGCGGCGCUGGUAGUGGCGGCGCUUCUGCUCUCGUCGUCUCCCUCACCGGCGGCGGCGGCCGCGGGACGAGGAGGAGAACUCAGGAUGAAGCAUUCUGAUGGUGGCUAUUCUUAUAACCGCACUCUCGCCCAUAUUUUUGUGCAAUAUGCAUCUGCUGUGUAUACGUCUGACUUAACCUCACUUUUCGCGUGGACAUGCCCAAGGUGUCAAAGUGACACAAAGGGUUUUGAGAUGAUAGAGAUAAUUGUAGAUGUGGAGAACUGCUUACAGGCUUUUGUUGGAGUCGCCCCUGAUCCACAAUCCAUACUCAUUGCUUUUAGAGGCACACAAGAACACAGUGUCUCGAAUUGGAUUGAAGAUCUCUUCUGGAAGCAGCUUGAUGUAGGUUAUCCAGGCAUGCCAGAUGCAAUGGUUCAUCAUGGGUUUUAUACUGCAUAUUAUAAUACAACAGUGCGGCAUGAGAUCUUGGAAUCUGUUCGGUGGGCAAGGAAGACAUAUGGAAGGCUACCUAUAAAUGUUGUAGGUCACUCGAUGGGAGGGGCUUUAGCAUCGUUCUGUGCCCUUGACCUCUCUGUUAAGUAUGGAUCGCAGGAAGUUCAACUCAUGACUUUUGGACAGCCUCGGGUAGGCAAUCCUUCUUUUGCUGCGUACUUCAGUGACCAAGUCCCGAGAACAAUCCGUGUGACCCAUCAGAAUGACAUUGUCCCACACUUGCCACCAUAUUUUUGCUACCUUGGCGAAUGGACAUAUCACCACUUCUCGAGAGAGGUUUGGCUUCAUGAGACCAUAGUAGGAAAUGUAGUUACUAGGAAUGAGACCAUCUGUGAUGGAUCAGGCGAGGACCCAACAUGCAGCAGAUCGGUCUACGGCAGAAGUGUUGCAGAUCAUCUUGAAUACUACGGUGUCUCACUACACGCUGAUUCAAGGGGAACCUGUCAAUUUGUGAUUGGCUCAACCAACAUGGCAUAUGGUACCAUUCUUGAAGUUGAUAGAACCAUCAUCAUGACAAGAUAUCCGCAAGAGUGGCACGCCGUGGAAUCUAUUUAACCCUUUGCCCGAGGGUAAAUUGUAUAUAAUUAUUUUCCUUUUGUGCAUAUAGCUCAUGUAAUGUAGGUGUACUGGGUUCUCCAGGAGCUCUCCUGAGGAUAAGGAGAGGUUUCAUUUUUAAUAUGUGCCCCCCUUUACUCAAGUGAGAAUUGUACAUGGAAGCUCCAUAUGAACAUUGUAGACACGCCUUUAUUGAUGUACAUAGCAAUAUCAAUGGAAUAAAUAAUAGAAGGAUUUGAUGGUAUUA